AUGGAUGUCUUCUCGAAGGCUGGUCUGUUUCCGAAAAAACACCAUCGCUGCAUAUCGUUGGAAAGCGGCCAGUCGUCGACUAAAAAAUCAUGCCUGCAAAAGACGCCGUCGGACCCACCGAGAUUUUUUCCUCGGCGGUACUCGACGCCGGAAUUGGCGAUGAGAAGACACGCGCUCAGAUAUCAACAACGCAACGACGACGUCCCGCCCGGACAGCCGAUAUCAAACAAAUCGUGUCAGACCGACAUCUUGGGAUUGGACAAAUACUUGCAAAGGCCCACGGGUAACACGAGCUCGCAAAACGAGUCGGAUGCAGUUAGUUCGGAGGCAACGGUGGCGGCGUUGAGGGCGUACAAAAAGCCGUCAAAAAGGCCGAAGGUCCGGUCGGUGGCGGUACACUGCGAGAGGAGGAGGCUGUCGUUCGCGGCGUUCAAAGGCUGCCAAAAGUUCAAGCACGUGUACAAGCGCAAGAUAUCGUUACCCCAACCGUCGUCGGCGACUACCUCGACGGACGACGGACGCCGCCGAGACAGUAGCGUGUUGCCGAAACUGUGGCCGGACAAGACAGCGGAAACGGAAAGACCGGUGGCCACCAACAAAGUCAGCGUAGCCGUCAAACUGCCCAAGAUACCGACCAGGGAUGCGCGACCGGAAGCUGAAAGGCCUGACGACGUAAGGACGAGACUGGCCAGACUGACCAGGCCACAGUCGACGGGCAGUAGUGGCGACGGGAGUGGUGACCGGAAACUGGCGGCUGCAUACUUCCGGGCCAAAUCAGCUCCGAAAAUCUACUCACCAAGAUUUCAAGCGACAGCACCACAGCCGUCGGACCGCAAACCACUGCAAUCGACGCCCGGGACCAGCGACACGGCCGAUACCACGCUCGACAUGACGUUCGGCCGACGACAGCCGGUUGACGCCACGUCCACGAUGACGGCCACCACGGAGUCCGGCACUAGGACAGUGUCCACGUCCACCACAUUCACCGAACCCGGUUUCCCUAUAGUGUUCAGCUGCGAGAGUGUUCUCCGGCACCCGUUGGAUGGGGGUUACGUGUCACACACCGAGAGCCACCGAUUCAGCGUGCACUACGUGUCAGCCGACUCUGCCCGGUCAUCGGUGACGGCCACGUCCGACACCGAUCGAGACACCGGCCCGUCGUUGGUGUUCACAUCAGCUGGCGCGUGCCAAAACGAACGGUGCCUAACCGGUGAAUCGGUGUCCGUGACGCUAGGCGGCAAACCGAACGGGCCUGCUGCAUCCACGUCCACUACUGGCGUGGCUGGCGAACGGCGUCUGGUCGCCGAACGCUGUACCGACGUACGUCGAUCAAAGGACGAAGCGGUGGCCGACCGUGGUACAUGCGAUACGGCAACUGACCGUAGUACAUGCGAUACGGCAACUGACCGUAGUACAUGCGAUACGGCAACCGACCAAGGUACCAUCGAGACGGCCACCAACCAAAGUACCGUUGAGACGGCCAAAAACCAAUGUAAUAUUGAGACGGCUACCGACCGCCGGACCAGCGAGACGGCCACCAACCAUCGAACCUGUGAGACCGCCACUGAUAGUGGAACCUGCGAGAUGACGGCCACCGACGACGACGACCAAACCGCUAGUGAACCACCACUGUCACCACCAUCUACCUCGUCUCCAUCGUCGUCUUCGUCGGUCCGGUACCGUUGGCCGGUUGACGAAAACCUCAACCCAGCGACCAAUAUCGUAACGGUCGUGAGUGCCGAAGAGCUGGGAAAUGGCCAACACGAAACCGUAUGGAACACCGAAGAAUUUUGCGUUUCGGGAAAAGACAACGGCGCCAACGCGUUCGAAAAGCCUGCACCGCCGACGGCAGUAAAUAAAACUAUUGAUACUUUGGGUGAAGCCGGAGGGAGGGAAGAGGGCGAUGAGCUCGAAUUGCACGCACGCACGGACGAUGACGACGACAUGCCAUUACAAUCCGACGAACGAAAUUAUGAGCAGUUGACACAAAACCAUCAAAUAAUAGAAUCCAGCCGUACCGUUUCGAAUCAGUCGCCGAAACUCGACGACACGGAAUCGGUGCUGGUGGGUCGACAAAACGAUUUGAGACCAAUCGAAAGCGAUAAUACGCACGCAAACGUUGCCGAGCCUAUUGCAGCUGAGCACUUCGGCACGAUAAACGCCGAAACCACUGCUACAGAACAGCACCGAUCAAUCGUGAACAACCUUCUUACCGUCCCAUCGGAUCGGCGUCUGCAGUCGGACGAGGAUACGGCUGCGGCAGAGAUCUUGGCGUCGCGGCGUCGUAACGAGAUGCAACGUUCAGAGUCGUCCGGAAGACGUGCGGCUGCGGGUGCAACGGAGAGGAAUCAUCGCGAGGGGCAACAUGAAAACGGACAAACCGUGCAAUCGAACGCCAACAAGCGCAACAUGCCCAAUAGACUCGACGACAAUAUGAGCCGCAAACGGGACGACAGCCGGGACGCCGAUCCUCGUCACCCCGGCAGUCGUUUGUUACAAGGGUCGUCGUCGGGCGCGACAAAUGCACAGCACUCGAACACGGUCGAUCGCGGAUCUGCGGUGGCGAACGCGAAAGAUACUACUGCUGUGCCUCGGAACGCAGUGAACGACCACCAGCAACACGGUUACGAACCCUUCGGAAAGCGGACGAACGGACCUCAAGACGGUGACAGACGUUGUGUCCGUGAGCGGGAUGUAACGAACGACUGUCGGGGAUGCGCCAAUGGAGAUAUGAAAAAAAACGUGGCUGGGAGGUCUGAAGUAUACGGCACCGACGGCCAUGACCACGGCGGCGGUCACUCGUACGACGCCGGAAAGAAUCGGCAUCAGGAGUCGAAACGGAGACUGGAGUCUGUGGAUGAGGCGACGGAAACAUCAAAGCAACAGCAGCAGCAGGAGUCGAACUACGUGGGCGGGUGUCUGUUCGGUGACUCGUUCAACCGUAGCAAGAAACCUCCGCAGAGGUACGGAGAACGCGCCGAGUACGGUCGCAGAUACUACGACAACGAUCCGAAAAAAGUCAACUUCUUGUCGAAACCCGACUACCGGUACGAUUACUAUCGCAGCGAGCACGCACCCAAAACUGGCGGUCACAGCCCCAGGGACGAGGAUUGCACAGUAUUCGCGGACCACGAAUCCCAUCAAAGCUCGACGGCGCAGCUUCCUUACUAUUCGCAUCUGGAUUGCAAACGUACGUACGGAGGCGGUGGUGAUAGGAAAUGUACCGCAGACAUCACCGACGAUGAUGAUGAUGACGAUGACGACGACGAUGAGAGUCUCACUGACAGCCUGGAAGAUGGGUGCAAGUACGAGGGAACGGCUGUGUCAUAUUUCUUGGCACUCGACGGCCAAAAGUCGGCCGUCACGUUCACUCUGAAGAUGCCGGGCACGCUGGAGAGCCGACUUAACCGGCGGCAGAGUCUGCUCAAGAAACACCUGCACGUGUCGACGACGGUUCGGAAGUCUACGGCGGCGGUACGAGUCCGUUCCCGUCACAAGGGGUGCCAGACGCUGUGGACCGUCGAGAAGGGGGUGCAGGUGCAGCGGGGCUCCACAGCCAACAUGGACGACCGCAGGGCGCUGGAGACGCUGCUGGCCGGUCUGGGGCGCAACCACGUGUCAGAGAACCAGAUCCGGUUGGUCGGCGGCCGGAAAAUGGUGUCAGAAGGCAACCAGACAGAACACCCACCAGCGAACCGGCAUACCCAGACGACUAGGGACGUGGCCGCAGGACGGGAAACGCCAGACUGCUGCUCGGCGGCCGGGAGACAGAGCAAGAACCAGAUGCUCGCAAUGAAAAAAUUUACCGCUGACAAUGCUCUGAUGGUGGGUGUGGUCAGGCAGAACAAGUACUGCAAGGGAAAAGAAGCUUUGGACGGUGCCAAAAACGAUCAACUUCUCACGCUGUCCAAGGGUUGGAUCAACUUUUACACGCUCAGGGCCGACAGUGCGGACGCGGAAGCACAAGUCGAAUUUAACGAUAACGACGAUGAGGUCAAAGCCGAGGACGACAGCCAACAAUACACUGUACACGUGCAAGCCAUCCCCGAACCUGCCGUGACAUUGCCUGUAGUACACGUAACUCAUCGAAAUAAUAAUCUGCAAUUGCCGAAGACGUCUAGCACUACGACCAAACAUUUACCUAAACUCGUGCAGACAGAAACCAAUAACAAUCAUCAUUGUCCAACGCAUUUGGCAGCAGCAACAAAUGGUUGGUGUGUAAGCGUGGAUGGUCCAAAUAACAUGCACAUGAAGGUUUCACUACUACCGGAUAAGGCAGGCAUAAAAACAUCUGAACAUUUUGACCUGCAUGACGAAAAUAAACUGGAUGCCAGGAGAUUAGCUUUACAAAGGAAGACCAACUACAUGCGCAAACCUUAUAGAAAUAUGAAAAGAACACAAUCGACGCCUAGGGACAUGUUCUCUGCAGACGUUUCACGAACAGAGUCUGCCUUGUCAGCCGAGAGCAAAUACAUCGAGACAAUUGACACGCAACUAUUAAUCCACAAGGCUCGAAGGCGCUUAAGUCAAGAAUGGGACACAAGAAUUCAAAAUAGAGGUUUAACUGAAUCAGUUCAAUUAGUCGUUACAGGGGAUUCAGUUUCCAGUAGAACAUCUCAACAUUAUGCGACUAGAGGCCAACAGCAUUGCUCAUUCAGACGACAAUCAAGAAGAAUUUAA